AUGUCAUUCUCACGCUCGGACGUUCACAACUUUGCCGCCGGGCCGUCGCCCCUCCCUACCCCGGUCCUGGAGGAGGCUGCCAAGGGGCUCUUGAACUACAAGGGGACCGGUAUGGGGAUUUGCGAGCUCAGUCAUCGGAGCAAGGAAUUCGAGGCGAUCAUCUUUGGCGCUGAGGCCAACCUGCGCAAGCUCUUGUCUAUCCCCGACAAUUACUCGGUCCUCUUUGCCCAAGGCGGCGCUACCACCCAAUUCUCCUCCACCCUCCUCAACAUCCUUGCAUACCGCCGCAUGCAACACAAAGCCGACACCUCCUAUACACCCCCUCCCGUCGACUAUGUCGUCACCGGUACCUGGUCGGCCAAGGCGCACCAAGAGGCGCAGCGCCUCUGCAUGCCCCCUCAGCCCGGAGCGGAACCCCUCGCCCAUCCCCGGAUAGCGGCCACUACCAAGCCUACCAAGUACACCACGCUGCCCAAGGCGGACGAGUACUCGUUCUCGCCAGACGCGGCCAUGGUGUACUAUUGCGAGAACGAGACCAUCAACGGGAUCGAAUACCCCUUGGACCAGUCCUCCCCUUGUGCCUUCCCAUACGACAAGAUCCCCGAGGGCGUCCCGCUCGUCGGCGACUACUCUUCCUCCUUCAUCUCCCGCCCUAUCCCCCAUCUUGAGCGCCACGCCGUCAUCCACGCCGGCGUCCAAAAGAACCUCGGUCCUGCCGGCGUAACGGUCAUUAUCGUCCGGAACGACUAUCUCGUCGAUACCACCGAAGCUAUGAAGCUUGGCGGUAUACCCCCCGUCCCCAUCCAGAACGAAUACAAGAUCCUCGCGGAUAACCAGUCUCUCUACAACACACCGCCAGUGUUUGCCAUCUACGUCUCGGCGCUGGUGUUGGAGUAUCUGCUGGCAAAGGGCGGGAUAGAGAAUCUGGAAAAGACAAAUAGGGAGAAGGCGAGGGUGUUGUACGAGACGCUGGAGAAGGCGGAGGCGGCGGGCACAGUGAGGAUGGUGGUAAGGGAAAAGGACGCGAGGAGCUGGAUGAAUGUGGUGUGGGAGCAGGUCGGGGAGGGGGCGAAUGAAAAGUUCUUGAAGGGGGCGGAUGGGAAGGGGUUCAGGCAGCUCAAGGGGCAUCGGUCGGUCGGUGGGAUACGAGCCAGCCUGUACAAUGCCGUGACGGUAGAGUCGGUUCAAGGCUUGAGCGAGUACAUCGACGGGUUCUCAGCUUGA